ACAUUUGUUAGUAGCACCAGCUUAUCACAUUUAAUAAUUUCUGCAUAAUUAAGUAAUGAAUUAUAUGGGUUUAAUCAUUUAUGUAUAUAUAUUUAUUUUGUUUUCAGAUUUCUUCAUGUAAUUUGUCCACAAAGGGAUUAGACCAAGUAGAGGGCCUCCGGCAGGAGUUGGAGGAUGUCAAAAAGCAGUUGUCAGAAAAGGAGAAACUAGUUGCCAAGUACCAGAACCGCAUCAUAGAGCUAAGAGGGAGCAUUGAGAAGGACAGAUCUUCUGACGAACAAGUAUUUGUCCAGAGAAAUGUCGUCAGUGAACUUCGUGAAUUUAAUUUCGACCAGGAACAGCAAUCUCAUUCAUCAGUUAAAAAAGAACUGGAGAUAACACAAACCCAACUGUGCCAUAUGGAGAAGGAAGUGUCUCAGUUAAAAAAGAAACUGAAAGAAGCUGACUGCAAUGUGAAACGUUUGAGGAGUGAUCUUGUUGCCAGUGAGAAGAAUGCGAGAGAUAUGAGGUCAGCUCUAACAGCGGAAGUUGCGGAGAAACAUGAUCAGAUCUUGGCACUGCGAAGAGAGGUGGCAGCCCUGGAGGACCUGUUGAGACAGGCUGACAUGCAGACUCACUUCAAGGAUGAUAUCAUCAAAGAGCUGCGUAAGGAGGUCAAGGUUGCUCGAAGUAAGGAGACGCUGGUAGAGGUUCUGGGGAUCAAGGAGAGAUCGCUGUCACACCUGGAACACCUGACAGAACAGCUGGAACAGAAAGAACACACCAUUGGUUGCCUGAAGAACCAGCUUCAGCAGUACCGGGAGGCACCCAACGCUCUGUACAGGAUACGACAACAAGUGGACUGGUUUACAGAGAACAUCUCACAGCAGUGUGCCUCUGGCAAUGUUCCUGAGGAGUUCAAAAAGUGCAUCACAACAAUGCUUGAAGAACUGAGAGAAUCCAUUGAAUGUUGUAAUUUGGUACCUUCGAGCACAGGACCGUGCAAGGAAUCAAUAGAGUUAGUAAAAGUGGCACAGAAAAAGUUUGAUCGGUCUCAGAAGGAUCUGAGUCAGUCCUGGGCUUCUAUUUGGGAUUCAGUUCAUGAGAUAGACAGCCUGGACUUGUCACAGCAAGUUGAACACUGGAAGAAAUGCCUAGUCAGACGGCAGUGUUUGCAGCAGAAGAUCUGUGAGAUUAUCCAGUCCAUUACGCAGAUCAUCUCUUCAGCAACAACUCAAACAGGAACGAUUCUAAAUUCUGUGAAUUCUUUACAUAGCACACUCUGUAGUUUGGUUGAAGAGAUGAAUCAUCAUCAUGGUCAGCAAAGAGACAUCUCUGCCUGGCUGAAGAAACUGAACCACUUGGUGUCCAAAUCACUUGUCAAAACAGAAGAAAUAUGCCAGAUCGCUGUUAAUAGUAAAUCAGAAGAGAAGAAGAUAAAGAAUGAGCUGAUGACUAAAGUCCAGAGACUGGAUGCCUUGGAACUUCAACUCCUAGAGGUCACUGAUUCUGAACACAAAGCUUAUGAACAAUUCUGUAAGAUGGAAAAAACUCAGAGGGUGAAGGUAGACACCCUGCUGGCAACAGUCCUACACCACCAGGAGAUGUGGACACACCAGAUAGCAUUGAGUGACGACAUGAAGACUAGAAUUCUUCAUCUGAUUGAUUGUUUAAAACAAGUCAAUAAGCCAAGAAAAUCUAGAGCAGAGAUUCCAGUGGAGCGUAGUUUGAACGUCAAGUCCAUUGUGACUCGUAUAUCGUCAGAGAUCCGCAUCUCUAUCAGUGACAUCGAGCACAAGCAGAACCAGAUCAGCCACCUGGAGACAGACUUGAGCAAAGUGAGAGUGGUGUUGGAGACAGUUCAACAAGAGAUUGACGAUAUGAUUAAGGAGACCAACUCAAAAGAUCUCUCUAAAAAGGUUCCAUGUCUACUUAAGAAACUGAAAAAGCAGAUCACAAAUACACUUACCAAAGCAGGUAGUUUGGUAUCCGUGUACCAAGCUGCCAAGAAGGAGUAUGCCGGCACAGCUCAACAGGUUGUCCAACUGCAGCGUGAGUUUGACAGUCUGGAAGAGGAAGUUCAUAGUUCAUAUUACUACAUUUGUCAGGAAUAUAGCAAACCCAGUUCUCCAACUUGCGAAAGGAGGACAAGCAACUCAAAGGCGGAACUGGACAAGUAUAAGAAGCAAGUGAAGGAAAUAAAUGAAAUGCUCGACUCGUACUUUCAACAACAUCACAUUGUUAAAUGUCCUGGAACAAAUGAAAGGCCUAACCAGGAGACCAAACUGCAGCUGGAAUACGAGGAAAUGCAGAAAGCUCUUACAGAAAAAGAAGAGGCUCUCAGAAUGGUCAAAGAUAACCUUCAGGAGCUCAAGUGCAACAUUAAAGACCGAGAUCGUUUGGCAGCUAAUCAUGAAGAAACUAUCAGCGUACUUCAAAACUCCUUGAAAAUGAGCCAAAAUGAGGCAGAGGAACUCCAUACAAAGAUCACUAGUCUGGAAAUGAAGAAUACUGAUGCUGAGAAGGACUGCAAGAGACAAAUCCAGAGUUAUCAAAAUAAGAUCAGUGAUCUUCAAAGGUGCUUGAAGCAAUCAGAGGAUGCUACUUUGCAGUUGAAGGGCAGUGUCACAGCUCUGUGCAAGCUCAUGUUUGCUGAACUAAAGGCGCAGUAUAUUCAGUCCAUGGAGGAGAGUCUGCAGGACAGCCAAUCAGUGAGAAGCCUUCAGAACGCAAACCUGGAACUGGCAACACUGGCCGGACACCUCCAGGAGGACUGCAGGAGUGCCAACUGUAAACUCUCUGAGGCGUAUAAACAAAUGGCGGACAUGGAGAAAAAACACCAAAAGGCAGAAGCAGCUCUACAGAUUGUCAUAUCCAACCUUAAAGAAAAUAUCCAUAAAGAGCAAAAGAAUUUCAGUGAACUUACAAUAGCGAACAAAAAACUCCAAGAACAACUUACGUCCUCAUUAAACGCUUACAAGAAAGAAAUAGAAGACAACAACCAAAGGACUAAUGCGUCAAAAGAAGAAAACAUGAACAGGAUUAAUGAACUGGAGGAACAGGUUAAAUGUUGGUCUGCGAAAGUGCCGGAACUGGAGAGAAAGCUGCAGGAUCUACAGAAGAAGUUCAGCGAAUCUGCUCGACACGAGAAACAACUGCAACAAGAACUAUUAACUCUGGAGAAACAGUGUAAUGAAGAAGUGUGCUCUAAGCAAAGGGAAGUCAGCCAUCUGUCCAGUCUUGUGAAGUCGAUGACAGAGAAACUGAAGGAUGUGACAACUGAGCUGGAGAUAGAGAGGAAGAAGUGUUUUGAGUCAGAGCAGAAGUUACAGGCAGCGUGUUUGGCUUAUGAUGAACUUAAGAUCAAGGCUAAAGACAAAGAGACAACAGCUGAGAAGCUACAUGUGGCCUUGACCCAACUCAGCAAUAAGUUUGUGAGCCGCCGACUGGACACCAAAGGUUGUGUCAGACAUUACCAGGAGGAAUGUGCCAAAUUUGAAGCACUCUACAAUACGACGGCAUGCAAACUCCAUUCUAAAGAAGUGGAAAUGUCAUCAAUGAUCCAGGAAAUUGACAGAAUGAGAACAGAGAUUGACAGGCUUACUUUACCACCCCUUCUACAGAAAGAAGAAGACACCUGUCCGUUUCUGCUAGAAAGGGUCCAACAGCUGUCAAAAGAGAUCCAAGUUGCUCACUCCUGUCAAAAUAGCUAUGAGACAAAGAUAAAAGAAUUGACUGAAAAAUGCCACCAAAAAGAAGAGGAAAUCAGCUGUCUCAAGUCACAAAUAAAACAAGUUAUUAUGCAGAGGGACACACUGCUGUCAGACCUUGAGAGAGCUCAAGAGGAGAUUGCCAAACUCAAGGUCACCAAGUGCAGUCUGCAAGACACCAUCAAGAAAAUUGAACAGAACAAAGGCCAUCUGACGGAACAGGUGAAAAGUAUGCAGAAGAUCAUUUGUGAGGGACAGAGUCCGGACUCAGUGAAGCUCCAACCCAACAUUGAGCUACAACGAGAGAUAAGUUCUGCACUGUCCUGCCAGUUGCGUAGCGUCAAACAGAAACUUCACGCAACCAGACACAACUACAAGCAGUUGCAGAUAGCCUAUGACGAGCUAGAGAAGCGCUACAACUUGACACAAAAAGGAGAGCACUAUCUGGACCAGGUGCGGAAAGAUAAGGUGCAUUGUGCUCCUUGCACCUCCAAGUCUUCAAAAUCAGCAACUUACCUUAAAAACACAGAGGACAUUGGUGACAGAGAUCACUAUCUGGAGUUUUCUUCGCACACACGAAAUCCUGGCACAAACUGGCACCGAGCAGAGAAUUUGAACAGAAGGAGAAAAUAUGGAAGGAGAAACUCCAAAGAGUUGUGAGGAGAGAGAACUUCGACAUGAACAACUCGUCCUCUAGUAAUUGAAAUUGUGUGUACUCGAAUGUUAUAAACAGUUGCUGAGUUGUUAUAUCCUGCACAUUUCCCUCCAGCCUUGCCUGCUGUGGCUCUUCUCUGCGGAGGAUUUAAAAUUUGUCACAUGAUGAAGACUUGUUAGAGUUACAAUUCUUUAUAAUUUUGUAUUCAUAUGUAUUUACUAACUCGGAUAUAAGCAAUAAGUUCUAAAUUGGUCAUUUAUUUUGGAAUUCAAAUAAUAAAAAGAAUUUGCUCUUUGAAAA